GUUACGACAAUCAGCAGCUCCUAAAUCAACCAGCAGGGACCAUCAUUAACCAGCAGGUGCCACAUAAUUAACCACUGACUGAACACAAAAAACUGAACCAUCACUCAACGACAACCACAACGCCAUCAUGAAGUCCAGAGUACCACUGUAUUGCCUCUGGCUGUUGGUGGUCCCAUUGUUGCUGACGCUCAGGUUGCAAUAUAUCAUCAGCCAGAGCAGCCGCUGCCUGAAGCUGCCACUUAGGGGGAGUCCGCUAAGUUGGGGUUCAUUAUACAUGCCUCUCACUGCUUCUGAUGCCGGACACAUCAACCAGUCAGUUGCAGUUGAGGAGUUUAAAGACAUGUUCUUAGCCCCUGUGUUAGAGGCGUAUCGUCAGGCUGCAGAACAAUCUUAUAUGGAGACUCCUCGUAGAAGAUUUAGGUCUGGGUAUAUUCCAAAAGUGUUGAUGUAUGCCAACAAGUUGCAUGUGACCAGUGACUGGCUCUUCGCACAUAUGUAUGACAUUAAUGAGGGCCACUGUCCACUACCCUGCAUCAUCACUGCAGACAUCAGCCAGGUAACAAGUGCAGAUGCCGUGUUAAUACAUUUGUCAAGUGUAAGAAGUAAGGAACUCUUAAUAAGAGACUUAGGACGACGAGAUGCAUCUCAGCCGUGGAUCAUGUUUGAAGUAGAAACACAUUUCAGGGCAAAUCCCUUUUAUUUCAAUGACUACAAGACGCUAAAUGGAGUCUUCAACCGGACUAUGCACUACCGCCAGGACUCGGACAUUCACGUGUUACAUGGCUUUGUUGUCCGUCGUGGCGGAGAGGCGAGUCUCCUGCCUCCAUCAUGGCGCAGACAACCUGAAUUACAACAGAUUAAUAACACCCAAAGACUUGCUGUUGCAUUUGUUUCUAACUGUGAUGAUGAUAGUGGAAGAUUAAAAUAUAUUGAAGCCUUAAAGAAACACGCCCCUAUUGAUGUUUAUGGAAAAUGUGGAGACCUGAAGUGUGGGUAUUCCUUAUAUGCUUAUCAAGACUAUAGGAUUGAUUGGGAACCUUGUAUGCAAUACGCUGGACACCAUUAUCUCUUUUAUCUAGCAUUUGAAAACGCAUUGUGUAAGGACUAUGUAACAGAAAAGUUAUAUAACCUGCUGUACUAUCCGAUAGUUCCUGUGGUAUUGGGGGCAGCAGACUAUUCUGCCUUGCUCCCUCCUAAAUCCUACAUCAACGCACUCGACUACACGCCAGAACAACUUGCUCGAAGGUUACAGUACUUGGCUCUUCAUCCGAAGGAGUACGAAGCCUACUUAACGUGGCGACAUUACUACCAGCCAUCAACGGUUGGUGGAAGUCGUGUAUUAUGUGAUCUUUGUGUUCAACUGUAUGAUCAAGACCUGUAUAAACACAACGUUAUUGAUGACUUCUAUGAUUGGUUUGUUACUCAGGCAAAUUGUAAUGCAAGUGGAACAGUUUCAAGCCAGGAUUAAAUAGCCUCACGGAGUAUAUAAUUAAUUACUAUACUAAGUAUUGUCUUGAGGAAUUAAGACAAAAUAUCAAUAAUAGCGGAAGAUUAAUCAUUUGAACAGCUAACAAUAUUUUUAUUAACCUGUGUGCCCGGAUAUACAUUUUAACAAAGUGAAAGCUAUAACAAUAUGGAUUAGCUAUUAAUAUAUUCCAUUAUGGUAGAACUGAUGAAAAGUUACAGUAUUAUAUAUAUACGAGAUCUGUUACGACCACGGGUAUUGUUGGGUGAACUCUAUACAACCAGAACCUCUAGUUUCUAUGGAAAACAAUUGCCCGUUGAAUCACUUUUGACAGAGUACUCAACUACAUAUAACCAGCGAGUGACAAGCAAAGAUGCACCCAGGACCCACCAAAUGCUGCAUCUGUAUAAACUCUUGUAUGCUAAUAUCCAUAAUUACUAAGCCCAACGGAAUUACUUAGACUACUGCCUCUACCCUUGACCACAUUUUAACAAUUAAAAAUCUCUUCACUAACCUCAAUAGCAAUCACCGAUGGAACAACCAACCACUUCCCUAUUUUUUAUUUGACAAAAGUUAUAAAAAUCGCUGUUAGAAACAAUGAAGACUGGCAUUAGAUUGCAAAAUGAAUCCGCCAAUAGCAACUUUGUUGCAGCUGUCGACAACAAACUGAGAUUGAACUUUGUAGUAUGACAAGCAUCAACGUAAGUGGUCAAAUAUUUCUUCAUAAGACUAUAAGACUCUAUAACAUACACGGUCCCAUGUUAAGAUACAAGUCACAACCAACAAUUAAACAAUCCUUGGCUUAUUAAACACAUACUUCCUUCUAUCAACAAAAAACGAAACAAAAAAUAAAGAAAUAUAGAAAAUUGGCAAUUUCCAGAGAUUAUUUCUAAGAUAAUACAAACCCCAAAGAAACUACUGUGAAAAAAUAAAUAAAAUAAAGGAUAAUAUAAAAAGUAAAACAAUCUCCCAUACAUUAGGAUCAAAGAACAACUCGAAUAAGAAACCACAACUAUUGGCUAGUGAAGGAGGAACCGUUCUACCAGCCACUGACAAUUUUUUUUCUCUCCAGAGUUCUUACAUUCUUGUACAGCCACUAGCACGCAUAGCGUUUCGGGCAAGUCCUUAAUCCUACGUUUCCCGGAAUACGACCUGCUAAAUCGUUCCCAUUUUACUGUUGGGUAAACAGACGCUAAGGAUUGAUGCCCGGUAAAUCCUCCCCGGCUGGGAUACGAACCAAGAACAAAGAGCUCGCGAAACGCAAGGCGAGUGUCUUACCAUUACACCUCGGGAAUUGGUGAUGCUAAAUCUGUGUG